UAUUAAUGUGGACAAAGCUGAAAAAAUUUUCAGCCGGAGUGCUAGGUUUAGGCUUAUAGUGCCCUCUAUAUAUUUUCCAGCGCCGUGAAAAAAAUAACCCGCCGGUUUCAGAUUCUAUCAGUGCGUUAAAAAGCAAAGGCUUAUAAAACAUUCUAUUUUCUACAGGUCGUGCUAUGGAUUACUCGAAGCUAUUCCCAAAUGAACCCCAUGGAAGGGAUGAAAUUGACAUGACAUUUCAGAUUCAAUGUCUGGAAAAAGAGGCUUACAGUUCUGUUUUGAGAGCUUUCAUUGCUCAAUCUGAGCUUCUUUCCUGGGCUAAGGAGGGGCUCAUGACAGAUCUGCGGAAAGAACUUAAUGUCACUGAUACAGAACAUGGAGAACUGCUUUUGAAAAUUAAUUCAGAUAAGUCACUUAAAAUGAUAAGGGAAUGGCGAAAAAGUGCCCCUUGUGUUCAAGGCUCGCUUGUUGGUGAAUUGAAUGCUUCUGGAUCUGCCCCUAAUCCUACGGACUAUGCCUUACAGAAAAAAAGGAAGACUUCUUAUUCUUCUGAUUCAAUUUUCCACAAGCAGGAGCUGCAUGGUCAGGCUUCUCCAGUAGUUCAUCCGUUUGCAAUUCUUGCACCAUCAGAUGACAAAGGAAGGGGAAUAGUACAACCUGAAACAAAGAUAGGUUAUAACACAGCACCGUACUUUGAUCAUUUAAGGAAAGGUUCUGAUGUUAUUGUGAUCUGUGAAACAAAAAAUUUUCUUCAUGAGAUUGAAAGGGUGAUCUACGGAAGAGAAGGCACUGUCCCAGCACAAGUGGAGAGGGCAAUGUUAAUGCUGAAAGAUCAUGAAAGAUCUCUGCUUUACACACUUGCUAAACUUUCUGAUGUAUCAGAUGAUGUUUCUGAUGAUUCCCCUGAUCAAAUGCUGCAUCACUACUCCCAUGGAGAGGUUGAAAAUAAACGACAAAUAACGACCCAUAGUGACUGCCAUGGGCAGGCUGGUGGCUUACAUAGCUAUCCUCCUAAGAGGUAUCUCCCGAAGAAAUGCCAUCCUGCGAAGAGUUAUGAUCCAACCCUUCCAGUCAAGCCGAAAGUCCCUCGGCCUUGAUGCUCUGCAUAUGGAGGAUACUUCUUUGCAGGCAUUCUUGUUCGCCUCAAUAGAAUAGUCGUAAAUACAACACUAAUGAUCAUUUGAUGUCAAGAGUCAAGGCAGAUAUGUCAAAUAUGGUAUGAUCCUUUUCUAGAUUUUUAGGCAUUGGAGCUUCCUGUUCUCUAGGUUUGAGCUUUACUUAACUGGUUUUGCAUGGAUCUGAUGACAUUGGCUAAGCUAAACUAUGCUGGGGUUAGGAGUUGGAAUGUUGCAAUAUUGUUGUAUUUGACCUGUAUUGACCUGAACUAGUGCUUUUACUGCUUUCUUUAUCUUCUGCAAACUAUAAGGUUUUCACUUGAAUUUGUCCUUAGAUUAAUCUUUGUUUCUGUAACUUUUAUUUGAUUAUACUUAAGAUUAUUAUUCAUGAAAUUUUCAAACUUUUAAACUUCACAAGUGAUGUUAAAAUAUUGCCAUGUGUUCUUAU